AGAUUUCAAAUGCAUCCCUUUCUUCUUGUGAGCAAGAUCUACCUAUGGGAGAAAUGUUCAGCAUACCAGUGCGGAAUUCCACAAAGGUGCCUCUUUUAAUUGGCAGUGUGAUGGUUGAUAAGUAUUGUAAUACAAAGUUGAUGAAUUGUUGUAUUUUUUCUUCUCCCAUGUGUUUUUGUAUGUUUAGUGUAUCUUGCAGCACUCCUUUUUUAUAGUGAACUAAGCCAUUUUCACUAAAAACGUAAUCGAAUUUGUGUACUACGUCGUCUCCAUUCAUUUGUUCAGCGAUUUUCUUAAAAUCUGAACCACCAACAAGGCCCAGACUACAAUUGAGUUUCACAACAUUUUGCAAAAAAUUAUCCAAUUCCUUUACAAUAAUUUUCCUGGGUGCAGUUAACGUACCAUCAACAUCAAAAAGGCACAAAAUCUUCUUGGACAUUUUCAAAUUUCGCUCCCAAAACAAGUGAAAGUACAACAAAAUGAAGAAAGCUGACGUGUUUUUGUUUGCUUUGCUCUUUUUGCAGCUCAAUAAAAUCGAAACUAAGAAAACACGAAAUGCAGUACUAAUCCUAGCGGACGAUGGGGGGUUUGAAAUGGGAGUUUACCGAAAUAAAAUAUGCCAAACGCCUAAUUUGGAUAAAUUGGCUUUAAGAAGUUUGAUUUUUAAUAAGGCUUUUACGUCUGUGAGCAGUUGUUCGCCAAGCCGUUCUGCACUGCUCACUGGCACGCCUUCACAUCAAAAUGGAAUGUACGGUUUACACAACGGGGAACACCAUUUUAACUCGUUUAAUACCGUAAAAUCUCUUCCGAAUAUUUUACGCAAAAACAACAUAAAUACCGGUAUAAUCGGAAAAAAGCAUGUCGGUCCCAAGGAUACAUAUUUAUUUGAUUACGAACAAACUGAGGAAAACAAUUCUAUACUACAAGUCGGCAGAAACAUAACGAAAAUUAAAGAAUUAACCAGGGAAUUCCUAAACAACACAAAUGGGCCGUUCUUUUUAUAUAUCGCCUUUCACGACCCGCAUCGAUGCGGUCAUACAAAUCCAGAGUUCGGCGAGUUCUGUCAACAUUUCGGUAACGGUGACGUGGGCAUGGGUAAAAUACCGGACUGGCAACCCAUGUACUACCAAUUUGACGAAAUUGAACUCCCCUAUUUCAUACCCAACACAGAGGAAGCGCGAAGAGAUGUUGCUGCGCAGUACACAACCAUUUCUAGACUAGAUCAGGGUGUGGGUUUGAUAAUUGAGGAAUUAAAAAAAGCGGGGCAUUUAGAUGAUACUUUGAUUAUGUACACGUCGGAUAAUGGUAUACCGUUUCCAAACGGUAGGACCAACUUGUACGAUUCUGGUAUUGCUGAACCAAUGUUCAUUUCCUCACCUGAACAUAAGGAGAGAAGAAACGAAUUAACGAAUUCUUUGGCAAGUCUUUUAGAUGUUGUACCUACACUAUUGGAGUGGUUUGGUAUAAAAAAUGACCAUCUUACAGGGAGAAGUUUGCUACCUUUGCUUGUACAGGAGCCUUUAAAUAAGACAAAUGAAGCCAUAUUUGCUAGCCAUAGCCUACAUGAAGUUACAAUGUAUUACCCAAUGAGAAUGAUAAGGACACAAAGACAUAAAUUGAUACAUAAUCUUAAUUUUUACAGCCCAUUUCCCAUAGAUCAAGAUUUUUAUGUGUCUCCUACAUUUCAGGGAAUGUUAAAUAGGACGAGAUCAAAAGAUAAUUUAUAUUGGUUUAAAAGUUUACAGCAAUAUUAUAGAAGGCAAGAAUGGGAAUUAUACGAUUUAAAGUAUGAUUCCAUGGAAAUAAAUAACCUAUGGAAGAAACAAAGUUACAAGACAGUUUUUGAUGAUUUAAAACAAAAACUGGAAAACUGGCAAAAAAAUACCAAUGACCCCUGGUUAUGUUCUCCACAUUCAGUGUUCGAAAACAAGGGGAAUUACAAAAAUAACCCACAGUGCUUAGGGCUUGACAAUGUGUGGUAAUUUUUUAAAAAUAUGCCAUUUUUUAACGUUUGUUUAUUGUCGCAAUAAAUUCUCAAAAUAAAAAAUAAAUUACAUUUAGUUUUCUUGAAAAGUUUACAAUUACCAUUAUAUUUCAAAGUCUAUCUAUUAAGUACUUGAGUACUAUAAAAUCAUAGCCAAAUGGCACUUUUAUCACUUUGUGUAUGGACAAUAAUUCGAAUAGUUAAAUUAAAUGUGAUGUAGGUAAUAUGUGAUUUAAAACAAAUUUGUCAAUCACAAUUUCAAUUGCAUUACUGUUCUGUGAUAUUAAUAAGUU